ACAACACAUACUUCCUCCACUCUUUUGAAGCUUCGUGUACGCGACAUGGCAAGCAUAGAUGACCUUUUCAAAAGCCACAAUGGCACGAAGCGCAAAUUUGAGAACCCAAUCGAAGCCGACCCGUCGCAAGCGUACAAAUCCGCGAAACUGCAGGGAGACAGCGACGUCAAGCGCACGGCGCAAGUAGAGGACGAGGAGGACGAUGAUGAGGCAGGGCCUGCAUUACCACCGGACUUCGAAGAAGAGGAGCCUGGCGACGACGAGGAAGGGAGAUUCUUUGGCGGCGGCCUGGACGAGAAUGCGAAAGAUGCCAUGGACUUCCUGGACGCACAAGAUGAAGAAGACGCGAUACGGGAAGAAAAGUACGACGCGGCGUGGGUGCGCAAAUUGGCGCGCGAGUUUGAGAAGAAGGUCAACAAGAACGCUUCGUUGCGCGCAAAGUACGAGAGCGAUCCCACAAAGUUCAUGGACUCGGAAGGAGACCUAGACGACGGGAUAAAGGACCUCAGCAUAUUGUCGGAGCAUGCAGAGCUAUACGAAGAGUUCGCGAAGAGCACAGCGGCUGCGAAGCUGGUCGAGCUGCUUGCGCACGAGAACACAGACAUUGCGAUUGGCGCAAUAGAGAUCAUAUCAGAGCUCACAGACGAACAUGUGGCGGCUGAGCAGGAGCAAUGGGACGCGCUGGUCGCAGCAUUUCUGGAAGCCGAUCUGCUCAGCCUGCUGAUCUCCAACUUCACGCGCUUCGACGAAACCGAUGCCACCGAUGCCUCUGGCGUAUACCACUCCCUCAGCGUCCUCGAGAACCUACUGUCGCAACCCUUGAAUACCGAUAUGAUAGCGAAGGAGAAGGCGCUUAUCACAUGGCUCCUCGAACGCAUUCAAAAGCCCGAGAAACCGACGACUCAAAACAAACAAUACGCCUCCGAAAUCCUCUCCAUCCUCACACAAUCCUCGCGAACAAACCGGACGCUCAUCGCCGAAGCAAACGGCGUGGAGAUCUUCCUUACAAACCUCGCGCCCUAUCGAAGAGACGACCCCGACAAAGACAGCGACGAGGAGGAAUACAUGGAAAACCUAUUCAACUGCCUGACCUCCGUGGUCGAAGAACCCACCGGCAAGACAAAGUUUCUCGAAGCCGAGGGCACGGAACUAUGUCUCCUGCUCGUGCGCGACGGGAAGACAAGCAAGAGCAGAGCGCUCAAGGUGCUAGAUCACGCGUGCGGUUACGCAGAAGCGUCCACGUCGAAUGGCUCCAGCGCCGAUGAUAUGUCUACACCCCCACAUAUCGCCGUAUGCGAGAAGUUCGUCGAAGCCCGCGGCCUCAAACCGCUGUUCAGCACAUUCAUAAAGACCAAACGUCCCGACCCAAGCCAGACAGAACACAUCCUCGGUCUCUUCUCCUCACUGCUCCGCUCGUUACCGGGCAACAGCGAUUCCCGCUUCCGACUCCUCGCCAAAUUCCUCGAAAGCGACUUCGCCAAGAUCAGCAAACUCAUCACUCUGCGCCGCGAGUACGUUACCCGUCUCUCCACCUUCGACAAAGGCCUCGAAGGCAGGAAGAAAGGGCUGAGCAAAGACGAGCGGGAGGAGCUGGAAGUAGAAAACAUUCCGCUGAGGCUAUCUGAGGGGCUGUACGCACUGCAGAGGAUCGACGCUACGCUUGCGUGGCUGGUUGCGGAGGACGAUGGGGCCAAGAAGGCUAUUGUCAAGGGGUUGGCGGAGACGGAUGAGACAUUGGUAGAUGUCAAGAGAACGCUGCAGGCGCAGCUUGAUGGAGUGCUGGAGGUUGAGGCUGCAGAGAGAGAGGUGUUGGAGGCGCUGGUGGGGUUCUUGGAUUGAGUGUCGUAGGACUCUUGGUUUUUGAUGAAGUGGGAUACACAACGAACACUCAAAUGUGUAUUUCCAUGCACCAUACGACACAGACUAGGCAUUCGCUAUCUGCGUGUCAUCAUGAUGUGAUGCUGAGAAGAGGAGGAAGAAGGGAAGGGAGAAGGAGGGGCUCAGUGGGACGACGAAGGCGCAUGGUGAUGGAGAAGGAGCGCGCGAUAUCACCAGCAAGAGAAGAGCA